AUGCCAGAGUCAUGCCCAGAUGCGAACUCUCUACCGUCUCGAAUCGCAGUUCUUGUUCAUACGCAUUUUGAUGGCCUGCCAAAACGCAGCAAGCCUGUUCUUCGCGAUGAUGGGACUGCCGAAUGGAUUCCUAUGGCGGGGAUUGUGCUUGUUAAAGGUGCGAAUACGCCCGCGGAACAACUAACCUGUGUCACCGUCACAACCGGUGCCAAAUGCCUCCCGGCAAGCCAAAUCCCCCAUUGCAACGGCCUAGUCCUCCAUGACUGCCACGCCGAGAUCCUCGCCAUGCGCGCCUUCAACUACUGGCUUCUCUCCGAAUGCCGCGCCGUCCUUAUUAGUGAGCAGCAUCAAUCCUUCAUAGACGGGGAGGGAGAGCUUAACCCACCCGCGCCGUCACCUUAUAUCAGGCGCUGGCGACGCCAAUCUCAGAAAAUCACUGGUCCAGAGUCAAACGCUUUAUUUCCACCCUUUGAGAUCUGCCCAGACGUAGACAUCUACAUGUACUGCACCUGCGCACCCUGUGGUGACGCAAGCAUGGAGCUCGUCAUGGAAGCACAAGACGAUCCGACCCCGUGGGCUCUCCCAAAUACAACCUCAACUUCAGACACAGACCCAGAAUUACCAAGAACAGACGCCCAUAUCCUCUCCGGCCGCGGCCACUUCUCCAAACUCGGCAUUGUACGCCGUAAGCCCGCGCGCGCAGACGCGGAGUCUACGAAAAGCAAGUCAUGCUCGGACAAGAUAGCCCUGCGGCAAGUAACGUCGUUACUGAGCUACGAGAGUAGCCUGCUUGUUGCUGUAACGGAGAAUGCGUAUGUCAAGGGUCUAGUUAUGCCUGAGGAGGAGAUCAGCAAGUCGGGUUGCGAGAGGUGUUUUGGUGGGGGACAGAAUGGGAGGAUGAGAGGUUUGAAUGGGAAGGUGUGGCCUGUUAAUGCUGAGGUUGAUGCCGGUACGAGUCUUGGCUCUAACGAGCAAGCGGGAAGAAACAAAGGUAGUGAGAGUGAUAGUCAGAGAUGCCACCGGCACAGUUAUGCAUUCCGCCCAUUCGAGAUCCUGUCUAUCCCAAACUCACUGCUCAAAUCUCUCUGGGCCUUCCGGAAACCAAGAGCUACUGACCCCGUUUUCGACGGGGAGUCAAAAGACACAUCAAGGCCACAAGUCAAGAAAACCAAGCCAGGCACCAUAUCCGCCGUGUGGGUACGAGCUCCCACACCGACUCGCCCUUCCAAUCCAGCAACAGAUAGUCAAGACUCCGGCACCAAUUUGCCGACCCCAGUCACCGAUAAUGGCACCAAGAUACUGCCCGUUCUUCGGGGCUCAAAAACCGGCUUAUUUGAGAGUAUAAUCAAUGGCGUACGUCAAGGGCAUAAGGCUUCUGGCCCUGGACCUGGGAUACGCGGGGCAUCGGCCUUAUGCCGUGCAAGGAUGUGGGAGCUCUGGAGAGGGAUAACUAGCGAUACCUUUCAGUGCACUGGUGUCAGCGAGACUGGCGCCUUGAAUAAGAAUGAUGAUAGGAGUCUUAAAGAGACCUCUUUGGAUUUCGAGAACAAAGAGAUAUCCACUGCGUUCCAGGCGUCAACAUAUAGAGAGUUCAAGGAGCCGAAAGGGGUUUUGAGCGGUGUCGUUCUCGCUAGAAGGCAGGCUAUGAAUGCUGCGAAGGAUAUUUUGGACGGGUGGGUGCCUAAUGACGGGGAUGAGGAGUGGGGGUGGAGAUGGAACAGGGGGGAGCUUUUUGAUGCGAGGGGGGAUCCUGUUGUGAUGGAUCCAAAGGGUUCAAAGAAGAGGAAGCGAUAG